GUCCCUCUCUGUGCGGCUGCUUCUCCUUCGCCUGCUUUGUUUUCUUCUCUGUAAUAAACAUUUGGUCCAUGUAUGUACCUAAAAUGUACAUAUAAAUGCGGUUUUAUUUCCAGAGGAAUACAAAAAUAGAGAGAUGGUACCGAGAUUACCUGCAAAGAAUGGCAAUCAGUCCAGGAAGCGAUGCUUCUUUCUCCAGUCAGAAAUCAACACCUUCAGAAAGUCCUCAAACAAAGAAAUUUCCACGAACUGAAGAGGAAAUAUUUUAUAUGAAUUGUAGAGCUGCCUACUUAACUGUGUUCAAAAGCAGCUUGGAAAACAUUGUUUCUAAAGAUCAACUUUACUUAGCUCUCCAGCAUGCAGGAAGAAAUCCAUCCCAAAAGACCAUUAAUAAGUAUUGGACUCCUCAAACUGCCAAACUGAAUUUUGAUGAUUUUUGCAUAAUUUUAAGGAAGGAAAAACCUACUUCAAAAGUAGAACUACUAAAAUCAUUUAAACAAUUAGAUAUAAAUGAUGAUGGCUGUAUUUUACACGCUGACCUGUAUAAAUUUCUAACAAAGAGAGGUGAGAAGAUGACUCGAGAAGAAGUAAAUGCCAUAAUAAAUUUGGUUGAUGUAAAUGCUGAUGGCAAAUUUGACUACAUCAAGUUUUGUAAAUUAUAUAUGACAACCAACGAGCAGUGUCUCAAGACUACACUAGAAAAACUGGAGGUUGACAGUAAAUUGAGACGUCACCAAUUUGGAAACCAUAUCGAAGGGUUCUCUGAAAGGGACCCAUCACCAGUACGAAAACCAUCACCUAGUAUCAUAAGAAAAACUGAUCAGAAAACAUUCUCAAAUAAAGGUGACAGCAGGAGUUCUUUACUGUCUGCAACUAGGAAAUUCAAAGCAUCUCUAUCCUUCACAAUCACCAUGGGUGUUAAUAGUAACCAAAACUCAAAGUUAAAGGAGCCAAACUUAAUAAAGGACUGGCAAUGCAUGCAAUCAAAAGGUUGCUUCUUUUUGGAAGAAGAUGGUGAAAUCGUUAGUCAUCAGUACAGGAUGCAAAUAGCUCAGAGGUCCAUGGUUUAUCUAACAAUUAAGCCAUUAAAUCUGAGUCAAGUUGAAGGAAAACCAUCCCCUUGGUUAUCUGUUGAUACCGCCUUGUAUAUUCUCAAGGAAAAUGAGAGUCAAGCAAAUCUACAGCUUGUUUGUUUUACCGAACUACGAAAUAGAGAAGUGUUUGGAUGGACUGGUGAACUAGGACCUGGAAUUUACUGGUUAAUUCCUUCCACAACUGGUUGUAGGCUAAGGAAAGAAAUAAAACCAGUAACAGAUGAAGCCCAACUUGUAUAUAGAGAUGAAACAGGGGAAUUAUUCCUUACAAAGGAAUUUAGGUCUACUUUAUCAGAUAUAUUUGAAGUGAUUGAUUUAGAUGGAAAUGGUCUUCUUAGCCUUGAAGAAUAUAAUUUUUUUGAAUUGAGAACAAGUGGUGAGAAAUGUGAUGAAGAAGCUUGGGCUGUCUGCAGAGAGAAUUUUGAUACAAAGAAGAAUGAACUAACAAGACAAGGAUUUAUGGAUUUGAAUCUAAUGGAAGCCAAUGAUCGAGAAGGAGAUCCUUGUGACCUUUGGGUAACUCUACAUUCUAUGGGCUACAAUAAGGCUCUGGAGUUAACAGAGGCAUGUCCAUUUGUCAUUGAUAUCUAUGCAGAAAAAUGUAAGCCAAAAAUUAAAGCUGUCCAUAUGGAGGCAUGUAGUGGACAACUUGAGAAGGCCAUUUGUAAAUCUGUUCUUAGCAAGGGUGAUGCCAAAGUAAUGGAUGGCUAUGAAAAUAUCAUCGUGCAUACUUACAAUUGUGACACCUGGAUAACAUCAGUUGUUGAAAACAAGUCAGAUGAGAAAGUGAUUAUUCACAUCAACAAUGAGCUAAGUAAAAACUGCAUAAACAACAGAGGACUCAACAUAUUUGCAGUAGAAGUGGCGCCCAAUUCUACAAUGUGAACUCAAGUGUUGUAAAUAUCCACUGAAAGUACCACGUGAUGUGAUGUUAAACUCUGUGUGAGCAGUUUGUCUCUCCAGUAAAUUGCAUAUGAAGGUAAAGAAAUGAUCUCAUGGUUCUUACAUAUUUUUCAUUGUAUUUAACGCAAUAUUGUAAACCUUGUCUAACACUGUGGGACCCAUUCAAGUUGCCACUAGUGACACUGGAAGUGCUCCUAAGUGACCCAUUCAAAGUGCCAUUAGUGAUGCUGGAAGUGCUCCUAAGAAGCACAGCAAAGUCAUGACAUUACAAGAAAAAGCUGAAUUGCUUGAUAUGCAUCGUGGAUUGAGGUUUGCAGAUGUGGUUGCCUGCCAUUUCAAGAUAAAUGAAUAAAACAUAAGGACCACUGUAAAAAUAGAAAAGUUAAUUCAUGACACUGUUGCUUCAACUAUGCCAGCAGGCAUGAAAACCUUGCCCUUUUUGCAAAAUACCUUUUCAUCUCCUAUUGGAAAUGCAGCUUUUAUGUGUGUGUGGGAUUACUAUAAGAAAGUCAUACCUAUAAAUAAACAGGAUUCAAAAAAAGUGAAGUCAUUAUAUGACAAAGCAAAAGGAAGUUUUUGUUUUUGGUUUUUUUUUUUUGAGACAAAGUCUCACUGCCACCCAGGCUGGAGUGAGUGGUGCCAUCUCGACUCACUGAAACCUCUGCCUUCUGGGUUCAAGCAAUUCUCCUGCCUCAGCCUCCCAAGAAACUGGGACUACAGGCGUGUGCUACCAGGCCUGGCUAAUUUUUGUGUUCUUGGUAGAGACGGGAUUUCACCAUGUUGGCCAGGCUGGUCUUGAACUCCUGACCUUAGAUAAUCCAGUCACCUUGGCCUCCCAAACUGCUGGGAUUACAGGCAUGAGCCACUGUGCCUGGCCAUGCAAAAGGAAGUUUAAAGACCUAAAGCUCAAAAAUUUAAUGCCAGCAAAGUGUGGUUUGAUAAUUUUUGAAAGAGGUUUGACUUAAAAAGUGUCAAGAUAAUAGGAGAAAUAGCUUCUGCCAACAGAGUGCCCUAUUCUGGAAAAACAUGCCACGAAAGACAUUUAUUAGUAAGGAAGAGAAGCAAGCACCAGGAUUUAAGGCAGGAAGGGAUAACAAACUCUACCAUUUUAUGAAUGCAGUCAUACAUAUAUAUAUAUGUAUAUAUAUAUAAUUGUACUUUAGGUUCUGGGGUACACAUACAGAACAUGCAGGAUUGUUGCAUAGGUACAUAUGCAGUGGGGUUUGCUGCCUCCAUCCCCCCAUCACCUAUAUCUGGAAUUUCUCCCCAUGUUAUCCCUCCCUGACUCCCUACCCCCCACUGUCCCUCCCCUAGUCUCCAUCGAUAGACCCCAAUGUAUGAUGCUCCCUUCCCUGUGUCCAUGUGUCCUCAUUGUUCAAUACCCACCUAUGAGUGAGAACAUGCAGUGUUUGAUUUUCCGUUCUUGUGUCAGUUUGCUGAAAAUGAUGGUUUCCAGAUUCAUCCAUGUCCCUACAAAGGACACGAACUCAUCGUUUUUUAUGGCUGCAUAAUAUUCUAUAUGUGCCACAUUUGCCCUGUCCAGUCUAUCAUCGAUGGGCAUUUGGGUUGGUUCCAGGUCUUUGCUAUUGUAAACAGUGCUGUAAUUAACACACAUGUGCAUGUGUCUUUAUAAUAGAAUGAUUUACAAUCCUUUGGAUAUAUACCCAGUAAAUGGGAUUGCUGGGUCAAAUGGAAUUUCUAUUUCUAUGUCCUUAAGGAAUCGCCACAUUGUCUUCCAAAUGGUUGAACUAAGUUACACUCCCACUAACAGCAUAAAAGUGUUCCUAUUUCUCCACAUCCUCUCCAGCAUCUGUGGUCUUCAGAUUUUUUAAUGAUCGCCAUUCUAACUAGUGUGAGAUAGCAUCUCAGUGUGGUUUUGAUUUGCAUUUCUCUAAUGACCAGUGAUGAGCAUUUUUUUCAUGUUUAUUGGCCUCAUAUAUGUCUUCUUUUGAAAAGUGUCUGUUCAUGUCCUUCAACCACUUUUGAAUGGGUUUGUUUUUUUCUUGUAAAUAUGUUUAAGUUCUUUGUAGAUUCUGGAUAUUAGCCCUUUGUCUGAUGGGUAGAUUGCAAAAUUUUUUUUCCAUUCUGUUGGUUGCCAGUUCACUCUAAUGAUUGUUUUGCUGUGCAGAAGCUCUGGAGUUUAAUUAGGUCCCAUUUGUCUAUUUUGGCUUCUGUUGCCAAUGCUUUCAGUGUUUUAGUCAUGAAGUCUUGCCUAUGCCUAUGUCCUGAAUGGUUUUGCCUAGGUUUUCUUCUAGGGUUUUUACGGUGUUAGGUCUUAUGUUUAAGUCUUUAAUCCAUCUGGAGUCAGUUUUAGUGUAAGGUGUCAGGAAGGGGUCCAGUUUCUGCUUUCUGCACAUGGCUAGCCAGUUUUCCCAACACCAUUUAUUAAACAGGGAAUCCUCUCCCCAUUGCUUGUUUUUGUCAGGUUUGUCAAAGAUGAGAUAGUUGUAGAUGUGUGGUGUUGCCCCUGAGGACUUUUUUCUCUUCCAUUGUUCUAUAUCUCUGUUUUGGGACCAGUACCAUACUGUUUUGAUUACCACAGCCUUGUAGUAUAGUUUGAAGUCAGGUAGCGUGAUGCCUCCAGCUUUGUUCUUUUUGGUUAGAAUUGUCUUGGCUAUGUGUGCUCUCUUUUGGUUCCAUAUGAAGUUUACAGUGGUUUUUUCCAGUUCUGUGAAGAGGGUCAUAGGUAGCUUGAAGGGGAUAGCAUUGAAUCUAUAAAAUACUCUGGGCAGUAUGGCCGUUUUCACAAUAUUGAUUUUUCCUAAUCAUGAGCAAGGAAUGUUUUUCCAUCUGUGUCCUCUCUUAUUUCAUUGAGCAGUAAUUUGUAGUUCUCCUUGAAGAGGUCCUUUACAUCCUUUGUUAGUUGUAUUCCUGGGUAUUUUAUUCUCUUUGUAGCAAUUGUGAAUGGCAGUUUGUUCUUGGUUUGGCUCUCUUUAAGUUUGUUAUUGGUAUAUAGGAAUGCUUGUGAUUUCUGCACAUUGAUUUUGUAUCCUGAGACUUUGCUGAAGUUGCUUAUCAGUUUCAGGAGAUUUUGGACUGAGACCAUGGGGUCUUCUAAAUAUACAAUCAUGUCAUCUGUAAAUAGAGACAAUUUGACUUCCUCCUUUCCUAACUGAAUACCCUUUAUUUCUUUUUCUUGCCUGAUUGCUUUAGCUAGAACUUCCAAUACUAUAUUGAAUAGGAGUGGUGAGAGAGGGCAUCCUCUUCUAGUGCCAGAUUUCAAGGGGAAUGCCCCCAGUUUUUGCCCAUUCAGUUUGAUAUUAGCUGUGAGUCUGUCAUAAAUAGCUUUUAUUAUUUUCAGAUACAUUUCAUCAAUACCUAGUUUAUUGAGAGUUUUUAGCAUAAAGGCUGUUGAACUUUGUCAAAGGCCUUCUCUGAAUCUAUUGAGAUAAUCGUGGCUUUUGUCUUUGGUUCUGUUUAUGAGGUGAAUUAUGUUUAUAGACUUGCAUAUGUUGAACCAGCCUUAUAUCCCUGGGAAGAAGCCUACUUGAUCAUGAUGGAUAAGCUUUUUGCAAUUGGUUUGCCAGUAUUGUAUUGAAGAUUAUUGCAUCUGUGUUCAACAUGGUUAUUGGCCUGAAGUUUUCUUUUCUUGUUGAAAGUUUUCUGCCUGUUUUUUUUUUCAGGAUGAUGUUGGUCUCAUAAAAUGAUUUGGGAGGGAUUCCCUCUUUUUGGAUUGUUUGGAAUAGUUUCAGAAGGAGUGGCAACAGCUCCUGUUUGUAUGUCUGGUAGAAUUCAGCUGUGAACCCAUCUGGACUGGGCUUUUUUUGGUGGGUAGGCUAUUAGUUGCUGCCUCAACUUCAGCCCUCGUUAUUGGUCUAUUCAGGGUUUCGACUUCUUCCUGGUUUAGGCUUGAGAGGGUGCAAGUGUCCAGAAGUGUAUCCAUUUCUUCCAGGUUUACUGGUUUAUGUGCAUAGAGUUGUUUGUAGUAAUCUCUGAUAGUAGUUUGUAUUUCUGUGAAAUCUGUGGUGAUAUCCCCUUUAUCAUUUUUUUAUUGUGCCUAUUUAAUUAUGCUCUCUUUUAUUAAUCUGGCUAAUGGUCUAUUUUGUUGAUCUUUUAAAAAAGAAAAAACCAGCUCCUGGAUUUAUUAAUUUUUUGGAGGGUUUUUUAUGUCUCUGUCUCCUUCAGUUCUGCUCUGAUCUCAGUUAUUUCUUGUCUUCUGUUAGCUUUUGAGUUUUUUUGAUCUUGCUCCUCUGGCUCUUUCAAUUUUGAUGAUAGGGUGUUGAUUUUAGAUCUUUCCUUGCUUCUCAUGUGGGCAUUUAUUGGUAUAAAUUUUUCUUCAGACAAUUCUCAAAAUGUGUCCCAGAGAUUCUGGUACAUUGUGUAUUCAUUCUCAUUGGUUUCAAAGAACAUCUUUAUUUCUGCCUUCAUUUUAUUGUUUAUCCAGUCAACAUUCAAGAGCCAGUUGUUCAGUUUCCAUGAAGUUGUGUAGUUCUCAGUUAGUUUCCUAACCCCAAGUUCUAAUUUGAUUGCACUGUGGUCUGAGAGACUGUUUCUUAUGAUUUCCAUUCUUUUUCAUUUGCUGAGGAGUGAUUUACGUCCAAUUAUGUGGUCAAUUUUAGAGUAGGUGUGAUGUGGUGCUGAGAAGAAUGUAUAUUCUGUGGAUUUGGGGUGGUGAGUUCUGUAAAUGUCUAUUAGGUUUGCUUGGUCCAGAUCUAAGCUCAAGUCCUGGAUAUCCUUGUUAAUUUUCUGUCUCAUUGAUCUGUCUAAUAUUGACAGUGGAGUGUUAAUGUCUCCCACUAUUAUUGUGUAGGAGUCUAAGUCUCUUUGUAGGUCAUUAAGAACUAGCUUUAUGUAGCUGGGUGCUCCUGUAUUGGGUAGGUAUAUAUUUAAGAUCAUUAGCUCUUCUUGUUCCAUUUAUCCUUUUACCAUUAUAAUGCCCCUCUUUAUCUCUUUUGAUCUUGUUGGUUUAAAGUCUAUUUUAUCAGAGACUAGGAUUGUAACUCCUGCUUUUGUUUUUGCUCUCCAUUUGCUUGGUAAAUCUUUAUUUUGAGCCUAUGUGUAUCCUUGCACAUGAGAUGGGUUUCCUGGAUACAGCACACUGAUGGGUUUUGACUUUUUAUCCAGUUUGCCAGUCUGUGUCUUUUGACUGGGGCAUUUAGCCCAUUUACAUUUAGGGUUAAUAUUGUUAUGUGUGAAUUUGAUCCUGCCAUUUUGAUGCUAGCUGGUUGCUUUGGCCAUUAGUUGAUGCAGUUUUUUCAUUGUUUCGAUGCUCUUUACCAUUUGGUACAUUUUUUGAGUGGCUGGCACUGGUUGUUCCUUUCUAUGUUUCAUGCUUCUUUCAGGAGCUCUUGUAAAGCAGGCCUCAUGGUGACAAAAUCUCUGAGCAAUUGCUUGUUUCUAAAGGAUUUUAUUUCUCCUUCACUUUGAAGCUUAGUUUGGCUGGAUAUGAAAUUCUAGGUUGAAAGUUCUUUUCUUUAAGGAUGUUGAAUAUUGGCCCCCACUCUCUUCAGACUUGUAGGGUUUCUGCUGAGAGAUCCACUGUGAGUCUGAUGGGCUUCCCUUUGUGGGUAACCCAGCCUUUCUGUCUGGCUGCCCUUAGCAUUUUUUCCUUCAUUUCAACCCUGGUGAACCUGAUAAUUAUGUGCCUUGGGGUUGUUCUUUUUGAGGAAUAUCUUUGUGCUGUUCUCUGUAUUUCCUGGACUUGAAUAUUGGCCUGCCUUGCUAGGUUGGGGAAGUUCUCCUGGAUAAUAUCCUGAAGAGUGUUUUCCAGCUUGGAUUCAUUGUCUCCAUCACAUUCAGGUACAUCUAUCAAACGUAGAGUAGGUCUUUUCACAUAAUCCCAUAUUUCUUGGAGGCUUUGUUCAUUUCUUUUUUUUUGAGACGGAGUUUUGCUCUUGUUACCGAGGCUGGAGUGCAAUGGUGCGAUCUCAGCUCACCGCAACCUCAGCCUCCUGGGUUCAGGCAGUUUUCCUGCCUCAGCCUCCUGAGUAGCUGGGAUUACAGGCAUGCACCACUGUGCCCAGCUAAUUUUUUGUAUUUUUAAUAGAGAUGGGGUUUCAUCAUGUUGACCAGGAUGGUCUUGAUCUCUUGACCUCAUGAUCCAUCUACCUUGGACUGUUCAUUUCUUUUUACUCUCUUUUCUCUAAUCUUGUCUUCUCCUUUUAUUUCAUUGAGUUGAUCUUCAAUCUCUGAUAUCCUUUCUUCUGCUUGGUUGAUUUGGCUAUUGAAACUUGUGUAUGCUUCUCAAAGUUCUCGUGUUGUGUUUUUCAGCUCCAUCAGGUCAUUUAUAUUCUUCUCUAAGCUGUUUAUUGUCAUUAGCAUUUCAUCAAACCUUUUUUCAAGGUUCAAUUUCUUUGCAUUGGGUUAGAACAUGUUCUUUUAGCUCAGAGAAGUUUGUUAUUACCCACUUUAUGAAGCCUGUUUCUGUCAGUUCAUCAGACUCAUUCUCCAUCCAGCUUUGUUCCCUUGCUGGUGUGGAGUUGUGAUCCCUUGGAGGAUACAGGCGUUCUGGUUUUGGGUGUCUUCAUCCUCUUUGCACUGGUUUCUUCCCAUCUUUGUGGAUCUAUCUACCUGUGCUCUUUGUAGUUGGUGACUUGGAUAGGAUCUCUGAGUGGACAUCCUUUUUGUUGAUGAUGAAGUUAUUUCUUUCUGUUUUUUAGUUUUCCUUUUAACAAGGCUGUCUGCUGUAGGACUGCUGGAGGUCUACUUCAGACCCUGCUUGCCUGGCGAUCACCUGUGGUGGCUGCAGAACAGUAAGGGUUGCUGCCUGUUUCUUCUUCUGUUAUCUUCCUACCAGAAGUAUACCUGCCAGAUGUCAGCCUGAGCUCUCCUUUAUGAAGUGUCUCUUUGGAUAUACGGGAUUGGGGAGCUGCUUGAGGAGACUGUCUGUCCCUUAUAGGAGCUCAAGUGCUGAGCUGUGAGCUCCAUUGCUCCAAUCAGAGCUGCUGGGCAGGUACAUUUAAGUCUGCUGUAGUGGAACUCAUAACCCCCUUUUUUCCUUGGUGCUCCAUCCUGGGAAUGUGGGGCUUUAUUUAUAAGUUUCUGAUGUGCUGCUGCCUUUUUUCAGAGAUGCUCUGCCCAGCCAGGAGGUAGCCUAAUCACAGUCUGCCAGCAGAGGUAUCGCUGAGCUGCUGUGGGCUGUGCCGAGCUGCUGUGUGAACUUCCUUGUGGUUUUGUUUAAGAGAUAUAGUUAGAACUGCUUUGGUAAUGGCAUUCUGCCUCAGUAAUGGCAGACUGCCUCGGUAAUGGCGGACUGCCUCAGUAAUGGCGCAUUGCCUUGGUAAUGGCUGACUGCCUUGGAAAUGGCAGACUGCCUCAGUAAUGGAAGGCGCCCUUCCCCUCACAGAGCUGGACUGUCCUGGGUCCAGCCGUGCUUGCUGUGAAACUCUCAAUCCAGAGCAUUUCAGAUUGCUGGUCUUUCUGGGUGUGGGACCUGCCAAGCCAGCUCACCUGGCUCCCUGUUUCAGCCCCCCUUUUUUCAGUUGAAUGGGCAACUGUGUCUCCCAGUUGUUCCAGGUGCCAGUUGAAAUGGCUGCCCAGAUUUGUGUGAGUUUUUGUGCAGAGCCCUGCUCCACCAGCUGAAACAGCCAUGCUGGAAACUCGUGGUGCUUUUCAGCCCGGGAAUUUCCUGGUCUGUGGACAGUAAAAACUUGUUUGUAAAUGCGGUGCUCACUCACCCUCUGUGUUCCCGCUGGGAACUGUACUACAGAGCUUUUCCUAUUUAUCCAUCUUGGAUACUUCCCACAGUCAUGUUUAUGAUCAAGAUUGCCCUUAUCUAUAAAGCUACUAAACUCUCCCCCCAUAACACGCUACCCUGCCCAGCCUUGAAGGGAAAAGAUGAACACCAGCUGCUAGUCUUUUGGUUGUACAACAAGAAGGUCUGGACAAUGAGAACCCUUUUUCUGGAUUGGUUCCAUCAAUGCUUUAUCACUGAAGUCAGGAAGUACCUAGCCAGUAAGAAACCACCUUUUAAAGUUCUUUGGAUCUAGCACAAUGCCCCAGCCACCCAGAACCCUGUGAUUCAACAUGAAGGUGUCAAUGAGGCCUACUUGCUGCCCAAAGCAAGGUUCCUAAUUCAACCUAUAGACUGGGGGUCAUAAGGGCCUUUAAGGCUCAUCAUACAUGGUUGGUACUCGGUGGAAAGGAAUGUCAGCAGUAUGAAUGAGAACCCCAAUAGAAAGAAAGAAUGAUUUGAAGCUGAGAUGGGCUUUUAGAAAACUAUAUAAAAAUAAAAGAUUGAAAGAUUAAAACAAUAAUAACAAAAGGACAUCAUAAAAUUCUAUAAGGUUAAUACCAUUGAUGAUUCUACAGAAAAAGCCGUGAAAGCCAUCAAACCUGGAACAGUAAAUUCCUGAUGGAGAAAACUGUGUCCAGAUGUUGUGCUUCAUUUCACAGAAUUUAUGACAGAGCCAAUCAAAGAAAUGAAGACGUGGAUAUGGCAAAAAAAAAAGUGAGAGGUGAAAGAUUUUAAGAUAUGGAUAUUGGAGAAAUUCAAGACAACACACCAGAGGAGUUAACACAAGACAACAGGAGAGAGUUGAGUGAUUCUGAACCAGUGCCAAAUGAUAAGGAAGAAGACAUAGAAGCAGCAGUGCCAGGAAAUGAACUGACAUGAUGAGACAGUCUGUCAUAAGGGUCCUGAUUAUUCAAGACCACUUUUUACUUCUUUUGUGAAAUGGACCCUUUUAUGAAAUGUGCACUGAAACUAAAGCAAACAGUGGAAGAUGGAUAUGGAUUGGUACUGUAUAGAAAUAUUUUUAGAGAAAUGAAAAAGCAAAAAAGUCAGACAAAAAUUACAGUGUAGCCGGGUGUGGUGGCUCAGGCAUGUAUCUCAGCACUGUAGGAGGCUGAGAUGGAAGGAUUAAUUGAGGACUACUUGAGGACAAGAGUUCAAGAUCAGCCAGAGCAACAUAGUAAAACAUUGUCUCUACAAAAAAAUAAAAUCAGCUGGGCAUGGUGGUACAUGCCUGUAGUCCCAGCACUCAGGAGGCUGAGGCCUGAAAGGAUCACUUGAGCCCAGGAGUUAGAGGCUGCAGUGAGCUAUGAUUGCACCACUGCACUCCAGCCUGGGUGAUGGAGGAAGACCUUGUCUAGAAAAAAAAAUUAUAGUGUAUUUCCAUAGUUAUACUAACUGUGCCUGCCUCUUCUCCUCUGCUACUCUUGAGACAGCAAGACAACUUCUCUUCUUCUACCUCCUUCUCAGCCUACUCAACAUGAAGAUAAUGAGGAUGAAGACCUUUAUGAUGAUCUACUUUCACUUAAUGAACAGUAAUUAUAUGUUCUCUUCCUUAUGAUAACAUUUUCCUUUCUCUAACUUUAUUGUUAGAAUACAGUAUAUUAAUAUAUAUAACAUAUAGAAUAUUUCCUGUUUAUGUUCCAUAAGGCUUCUUGUCAACAGUAGGGUAUUAGUAGUUUGGGGGAGUCAGGUCAGAAGUUAUGGAUAGAUUUUCUACUGUGGAGGGGUGGUUGGCAUUUGUAAGCUCUGUAUUAUUUAAGUGUCAACUGUACAUUGUUGAACAUUUUGCAUAUUUUGCAUAUUAAAGGAUGUUGGUCUGUAGUUUUCUCAACUGGAAAUGUCUUUGUCUGGUUUGGUAUCAGAAUAAUGCUGGCUUCAUAAAAUGAGCGGGGAAUGCUUUCUCAUUUUCUGGAAAAUGCUGUAAAAUUGGUGUUAUUUCUUUAUAUGUUUGAAUUUCUCAUUAAAAACAUCUGGGCAUGGAGAUUUAUUUUGGAAGAGAUUUUUUUAAAAUACAAAUUCCAUUCCUUUAACAGCUACAGGAUAUUCAUUUUACCUAUUCUUGGUUGAGUUUUGGUAGUUUGUGGCUUUUGAGGAUUUGGUCCAUUUUAUCUAAGUUGUCAAAUUUAUGUGCAUAAAAUUUUUUUAAAAUUGUCAAUGAAGUCUUUAGUGAUAUCCUUUUUUCAUUUCUGAUAUAAUAAAAUGUGUCUUCUUUGUCAGUCUUGCUAGAGGUUUGUCAUAUUUAUUGAUCCUUUCAAAGAAUCAACUUUUAGUUUUAUUGAUUUUCUCUAUUUUUUUGUUUUUAAUUUUGUUGAUUUCUGCUCUU